CAAACAGCAUCAUCACCACUGUACCUAAAUCAGGAAGCACGCAUAGGAUACGUUGUUUUGCGUUUUCUUUUCUUCUAACGGAGACACUUUGAUGAUUACAGCAACAGCGAACCAUAAAGGGAAGAAAAGGCGUUUAUGUCGUUGGUGCUGACGGCCCACCGUCGACCACCGCUGAAAGAAGACUGACAGUUGGUUACAUCCAGUGCACGGCUGAACUGUGGAUGCAUUUGACACAGACUAAACGGAGAAGGUCUCUGUCAGCAGCAUGGGACAGCAUCUAGGAAAAAAGGAGUCACCCACAUACAGCAAGGCUUCAUCACCUGAUCCAAAAGAAACAGCAGCAGCAGCAGAAGAGCCUGAACCUCAAGAUGAAGUUUUUGGCCUGGGUGAGGCAGAUGCGAACCAGAACAAUGGCUGCAUCUCGGAGAAGCCGGCGGUGACUGACUCCACGGGCGCUGAGGGCCCCCACCAGCUCUGGACCCCCGCCAGCAGCGAGGAUCCUGACGCCGCCACACCACGCCCCCACCUGGCCCGCCUCUUCUCCCGAGAUGCCCCGGGCAGAGAGGACAACACCUUCAAAGAGCGACCCUCCGAAUCGGACGAGCUGCAGACCAUCCAGGAGCACAACGGAGCGGCUUCAGAGUGCGGGUCGGAGAGCUCCGAACAGGACCUAGACUAGGCUAGC